CUGGCCACCGCAGUCCCGGGGGAACAGCCGAGAGGUGGAAGAAUCUGCGCAGUCGAAAAAAGUCAGGGGGGGGGAGUAACAUUUUUUAAAAGGAGAGCGACUCUGAACUGCCGUCCGUGGACUGUCGGCUCCCGAAAAGGACAGUCAAUCGCGGCACAAUGUCUUCCAAAGACAACCCGUGUCGGAAGUUCCAGGCCAACAUUUUUAACAAAAGUAAAUGCCAGAACUGCUUUAAGCCCAGAGAGUCGCACUUACUGAACGACGAAGAUUUAAACCAGGCAAAACCAGUAUAUGGAGGAUGGCUGCUUCUGGCUCCAGAGGGGACAAACUUUGACAAUCCAUUGCACAGAUCUCGGAAAUGGCAGAGACGCUUCUUCAUUCUGUACGAGCACGGCCUGCUGCGCUACGCCCUGGACGAAAUGCCCAGCACGCUUCCCCAGGGCACCAUCAAUAUGAACCAGUGCUCUGACGUGAUCGACGCAGAGACCCGCACAGGCCAGAAGAACUCCCUCUGUAUCCUAACCCCGGACAAGGAGCACUUCAUCCGAGCCGAGAACAAGGAGAUCAUCAGUGGAUGGCAUGAAUCGCUAAUAGUCUACCCCCGGACCAACAAGCAGAACCUGAAGAAGAAACGCAAGGUUGAGCCAGCGACUCCUCAGGAGCCUGGGCCUGCCAAGGUGACCGUGACCAGCACUGGCUCCGCCACCGGAGUGAGCAUGCCCUGUCUGCCCAGCAGCAUUGCCUCCGUGGAGACGGUCCCUGCCAGCCGCGCCUCCCUGUGGCAGGAGGAGCGCCGGGGCCGCUCCACCAUCCCCUGCAGCCGCAGCGCCUCCUGCAUCAGCCAGCUGAGCCAGGGCUGCUCGCCACCCAGCACCUCCAAGGACGAUCAGGGCCCGGUGUGCGGCGGGCGGAAAGCCCGCGUGGAGAGUGGCUACUUCUCCCUGGAGAAGGCCAAGCCAGACAGCCAGCAGGUGGUGCCCUCUCCCAGCGGCCCCGGGGCCCUCCAAAGGUAUAGCUCCUCUGACACAGAGCACCUGGCCUCCCCACCCUCCUCGUCGCCUGACUGCGACUGCAGCGCUGCCAGGGACCCCUUUCUCCCCUCAGGGACCCGCCUUACCAAUGGCUCCUCCGCCAUCAGUUCUUCCCAAAGCUCCCUGGACUCGGAGGCAGGGAGCCCGGUUCCUUGUAGGGAGGGGCGGGACAGGGCCCCGGCCGAAAGGCCCACACGGGCUGGCCGGGGGGCACGGCAGUAUGCCCUGUUGGCCGACGUGCCCAGGGCCAAGCGGCUGAGCCAUGAGGAGGCGUUCCUCUUGGAGAGGAGGCGGCUGGAGCAGAGAGCGCGGACGCGGAGCCCUGGCAGGGAGGAGGUGGAGCGGCUUUUUGGCCUGGAGCGCAGGCGGUCUCAGCUAUUAGAGAAAUCUGGAGCACUGGAGGUGGACAGUGUGGAGCUAAUGGAGACAAACUCGUCCUCGGAGGCGCCGCCAGUGUCGUCAACGUGCCCCGCUGCUACCCCCGCCCAUCGCCAGGGUCGCAGCGAGCGUCGCCACCUCCCUGUGAAACCGGAAUUCUCGCUGGAUGCUGCUCAGGACCGCUGUUCACCAUCCAGUGUCUCCAGCUACCGCCGGGCCAAGUCUCUGGACAGGAGGAUGUCAGAGUCCAGCAUGACACCAGACCUGUUGAACUUCAAAAAAGGAUGGAUGACCAAGCUGUAUGAAGAUGGCCUGUGGAAGAAGCACUGGUUUGUCCUCACGGACCAGAGCCUGAGAUACUACAGGGACUCCAUCGCAGAGGAAGCUGCAGAUCUGGAUGGCGAGAUCGACCUCUCCACAUGCUAUGAUGUCAUGGAGUUCCCAGUGCAGAGGAACUAUGGCUUUCAGAUUCACACGAAAGAAUGUGCGUUUACGCUCUCUGCCAUGACCUCCGGCAUUCGACGCAACUGGAUCCAGGCCAUCAUGAAGAGCGUGCGGCCCGCCAUCGCCCCUGACGUCACCCGGAAAAACAUCCCUUUGAAACUGUCAGUUCUGAAAACCAGCUCUCUGCCAGAGGAGAGGGCCAAAGCAAGGGCACUGCUGAACAUGGGCCAUUCAGCACCAACGGUGGAGCGGCACCCCAGCCUGGAGACCGCCACUGUGGAAGAGGAGGGGCUGGCACAGUCCUCCUCAAAUUCAGAGCAGCGCCGGAGCCGAAUCCGGGAGCGCAGGCGUGAGGGCCGCUCCAAAACCUUCGACUGGGCGGAGUUCCGGCACGGCCAGCCGGAGAAGGUGGAAUGUGAUGGGCAGGCAGCCAAGCCUGAGGACAAUGUGAACGUCAGCUCUGCCUCCUCCUCUGCCUCCUCCCCAGCAACCUCGCCCAUGUCCUCCGCGUCCUCUGGGUCAUCGUCGACUCCUGCGCCCCUCCAAGGGGUGUCACUGGAGGAUGACCUGGAGCGGGAACGGGCGCGAAGGCGGGAGGAGAGGCGGCGCCGCUUCCUGAGCGUGCAGAGCUCCAUGCCCGUCACCAUGGUGCCUGUGAGUGGACAGGUCCGGGCUGCCGAACCCCCCAGUACAGGCCGCAUGGAGAUGGACCGCUCCCUGUCCAUGCCCGAGUCUUUAAGCGAAGACUCCGUGCAGCGGGCCAAGACCCCCAACGUCCAGGUGGAGAUAGAGCAGCGCUGGCACCAGGUGGAGACCACGCCCCUCCGUGAGGAGAAGCAGGUUCCCAUCAAUACCGUACAUUCUUCUCAGCAGAAUGCCGAGCGGUUGCCCCCCCAGGAGCUCGCUGCCAUUUUGGACAAAGAGUUGGAGCAGACCCAGAAGGAGCUGGUGAGGCUGCAAGAGCAGAACAACCUGCUUCAGGUGCAGCUCCAGGAUGCCAGGGGGAGGGAGCAGAGUGCCAGGGAGGGCUACGUGUUGCAGAGCGACUCGCCGUCCCUACCGUCAAACACAGGCGCCUGGCAUCGGCUGCACAAGCUCAAUCAGGACCUCCAGGCAGAGCUUGAGUCCCACAGACGCAAACAGGACUUCACCAGCCAGCAGGUGCAGGCCCUCAAGAGGAAUUACAGCGAAGCCAAGGAUGUCGUCCGACACCACGAAGCAGAGAUCCAGGCUCUGCAGGCCAAACUCAACAAUGCUAUGGCCGAGAUCCUCAUAAGUGAACAAGCUGUGGCUAAAAUGCGUAGCGAGCUCAAGCUAGAGCAGGAGCGCUUCCAGGAUUGCAAGGAGGAGUGGGAGCACAAUGAGAUGACCCUGCGCGCUCAGCUCAAGGACAGCGAGGACAGACUUAAGGAUGUGGAGGCCCACCUUCUAGAGAAGAGCCAGGCUUUAAGGGACCUUGAGCGCCAGCAGGCCCUCCAGAGAGACCACCUGAAGGAGGUCCUGAAACUUCAGGAGAGAUUGACCGAGGUCACAGGCCGGCUGAUUGCCACUGAGGAAGCCCAGGCCCUUAAAGAGGAAAGGUUACAGAAAAAUCUGCAUGUUCUGCAAGAGAACCAUGAGAGAGAGCGGCAGGAUCUAGUUAGACAUCUGGCAGAGGUGGAGGGCAAAGGACAGGAGCUAGAGGAUCGUCUUCAUGAGGCAGAGCAGCAUGUUGAAGAGCUUCUAAGGGAGAACAGGACCUCAGGACUGGAAAGUGAUGAAAUGGUACAUCAGCUAGAGGAGCAGCUAGCCAUUAAGACUGAUGCCAUUGAAAAGCUUACGGAGUCCAUCCGGCAACUAGAAGAAGAGAAGGGUCAGCUGACUUGCCGUUGUCAGGAACUGUUAAAUCAAAUCACGGAGGCAGACAAUGAGGUCACUAAACUUCAGACUCGACUUAAAACUGAGGAAACAGACUAUUAUAAUCUAGAACAUUCCUACGAAAAGGUAUCUGAAGAGUUCCAGAAAAUCAACAAGGUUCUACGAGAAAAGGAGCAGGAGAUCUGUGAGGUCAAAGAGAUGUAUGAGCGGCUGGUAGAAAAGAAGGAGCAGGAUCUUCAUGAGGCGAUGGUAAAGAUGGCAGCUUUGGGAAGCAGCCUGGAAGAGACAGAGCUAAAACUGCAGGCUAAAGAAGAGUUGAUCUGUAAGUUGGGGCAAGGAGAUAUGGGGAUGGCUGCUGAGCAGGAGCUGCAGGCUAAAUUAGUUGUCGCAGAGGAUCGAAUUGCUGAACUGGAGCAACACCUUAAUGAUUUGCAGAUAGGCUACACUGAUCUCCAGGUGGAGCACUGCAAACUGCAGGAGGACUGUGAUGUUUUGGAGAGCUUGAGCAAACUAAACGACUCUGCAGCAGUAGAAGUUCCUUCAGGUGUAGGGGAAGCCAGGCCAAAAGUGAAAACCAGUUCCGAUGCACAGGCGUCACUUGGCAAAAGACAGAGCAUGCAUUUUUCCAGCAUCCACUGCCAAAAAUUUGUCCAUACAGAUGGCGGACAGACAUUGUGGGCUAGUAAUUCGCCAUCGUACAUUGGCCAGGACCAAUCCCUUACUGAAGACUGUGGUUCGUCCAGCACUGAAUACCAGCAAAUGGCCUCUGAUGACACUGAUCCUGAGAAGUUUAUAUCCAUCAUUCAUGUGCUUGAGACAAAAUUGUAUGCCACAGAGGAGAAGCUGAAACACAUUACUCUAAAGCUGGAAGAGCAACAGAGUUGGCAGUUGGAGUCUAUGAUGGAGCAACAUGGCCACUUAGCCGAAAAUGAGACAGAGCUACAGGAGCAGCUCAAUGAAAGCCUGUGCAAAGUAGACCAGCUCACCACUCAGCUCCAGGAAGAAAUGGACAAGAGAUCUGCUUUUGCUCAGGAAACAACAUGCCGCAUCAGGGCAGUGAAUGCCAAAUACGAGAAAGCAUUAGCUUGUGUAGAGCUGAGCAGGGAAAAGGUCCAGGCCAUCUUGAGAGAUCCAUUUGAGGGCAACAUGGAAACACAACUUCAAAUACUGUCAAACAUAGAAAAUGAGCUAGUGAAUGCCACCAUUUAUAUUAGAGAGGGAGGUCACAAUUUGGAGGAACAGCAGCUAAAGAUUCAAGCAGGUCAGAACCAGGAUGAGGUAACGGAUACGGAGAAGAUAAAAUUGUUUGCCAAGACAUUAGCUUUUGAGGCGUUGGUUUUGAGUAAGAUGGCUUUUUCAGUUCAGAAUCUGAAUUUUGAUCUCUUGCAGAGUUUGAAUGAGAUUCACCUAGAAGCUGAGAAAUUGAAGAGGAGUGAUGAGGGUUACUUGGCAGUUGAGUAUGCUGAUGUCUUGACCAGGAAGCUUAUGAUAGAAAGUGAAUUUUGGACAGAGGUAGAGAAGCUUGAGGCACAGUAUAAAGUGAAUGAAGGGAGGAGAGAGGAUGACAUAAAUUCAGAGGGGGGUGGUGAUGCUACUAAUACUGGUAUUACUGUAAUUAGCAAUGUCUGUAUCAAAGCUCAAUUGGCUUUUGCUGUUCAGAAUCUUAAGAGCUUCUAUGAGGAGAAACUACAGAAACUUAAAGGGGACCUAAUGGAGGCCCAUAGGAACCUGCAGCAAAGGGAGCUGGCAUUGAAAGAGCUGAUAAAAGCUUCUAACGAACCAGAAUUUGCUAGAGUCAUUCAAGAGGUCAGUGAUGAGCUUGACCUUGGUCAACAAGUGAUUGAUGCAAGUCCCCCAGAACUUGUGCCCUAUUUGGAACAGAUAAAAAUGGAAGAGGCUCAUGACUUGGCUGAUGAGUUGGUCAGUAGACACCUUCAAGACACAGUGCCUUCCUGUAGCAUUGAGUUUGUCCAGUCCCCGCAUCUUGGACGAGAUAGACUUGCAGCUGAACUGAUAAGGCAAGCAGAAGUCCUUCAGUUUCUUUCUCAGAAGGUAGAGUCACUCUGUGAGGCUGACAGUGGAAUAUUUCUCCAGAGACUGGUUUCCUGUGUAAAUGCAACUUACAGAAAUCCCAAUGAUAUCACUAGCAGUUCUCUUUGCAUGCGUGAGGCUAUGAUCCAGGCCCAGGUUGCCUAUGUUGCCUGCAAGAUGAGAGCGGACCAUGAGAGGGACCUGAAGCUGUGCAGAGAGGCCUGCCAAAAUAUGGAUGUCUUGUGCCAGGAGCAUGCCCGAAAUGUGGGAACCAUUCGGGAGCGGUAUGAGGCCUCCUUGCAGGAGGAACGCCAGAACUUUAACCAGAUGGUAACCAGCCUUCAGGUGGAAAACAGUGCCCUGCAUGGUGAAGUAUCCUGUCGCAUCACUGAGCUCUCGCAACAACAGGAGAGGUUGGCACAGUUGGAGGCACACUUCUGCAGGGAGAUUGAGCAGCUGAAGGCUAGGUACGAACUUGAGCUGAGCCAAGCAGAGCAAGGUCGGGCAACCACCGAGCAAGCACUAAUGGAGAAAACGGCAGAUAGCCAACACAAGUUGGAGGUUAUCCUUAUGGACAUUGAAAAGAUGGAAGACCGACACGAAGAGCAUGUGCAGACCCUUGAGGAAAAGUUUCAUGGGAAGAUACAGGAAUUGCAGCACAUCCAUGAGAAGGAGAUGCAGAUGCUACAUGGACACUACACACAAACCAUCUGUGCCAUGGAGGAAACACUGGACAAGCUGAAAGCCAGCAACCCGGAGGGCUCAUCUUAUCCUGAGCUGGUCAUAGCACCCAUGGCCCCGACUUGGCCUAUGGAACAGGAUACUUGUCAGGAAAGCAAGGCUGACCGAGAUUCGAUGAUUGUGCUGAGAGAUAGGAUCCAGGAGCUGGAGACGCAGAUGAAUACCAUGAAGGAUGAGUUGGAAAACAAACAGCUUGAAGGAGAUGUGUCAAGCCUGAAGGAGAAAUACCAAAAAGAUUUUGAGAGCUUGAAGGCCACAUGCGAGCGUGGCUUCGCUGCCAUGGAGGAGACGCACCAGAAGGUCAUUGAAGACCUCCAGAGACAACACCAGCGCGAGGUGUCCAAGCUGUUAGAGGAGCGUGAGAGGCUCCUUGCCGAGGAGACGGCCGCCACUAUUGCUGCAAUCGAAGCCAUGAAGAAUGCCCACAGGGAGGAGAUGGAGAAGACACAGCGCUCACAGUUCAGUGGCAUGGGUGCUGACAUCGGCGAACUGCGGCAGCAGUACCAGGAGGAGCUGCAGUCUAUCCACCGGGAACUGGAGGUGCUGUCAGAGCAGUACUCCCAGAAGUGCCUGGAAAAUGCGCACCUGGCCCAGGCGCUGGAGGCCGAGAGGCAGGCCUUGCGCCAGUGUCAGCGGGAGAACCAGGAGCUGAACGCUCACAACCAGGAGCUGAACACACGCCUGGCGGCAGAGAUCACACGCAUGCGCUCCUGCUUCAGCGGAGAUGGUGCCGUGCCUCCCCUCACUCACGGACAGGACCUGUACGAGCUGGAGGUCUUACUCCGGGUCAAGGAAUCAGAAAUUCAGUAUUUGAAACAGGAGAUCCAUUCUCUGAAGGACGAGCUACAGUCCGCACUACGGGACAAGAAGUACACCGCAGACAAGUACAAGGACAUCUACACGGAGCUGAGCAUCGUGAAGGCCAAGGCAGACUGUGACAUCAGCAAGCUGAAGGAGCAGCUGCUGGUGGCCACUGAGGCCCUGGGGGAGAGGAGCAUGGAGGGCGGCCCCAGUGUGGGGCUGGGAUACGACAUCAUGAAAUCCAAGAGCAACCCGGACUUCCUGAAGAAGGAGAGGUCAUCCCUGACGCGGCAGGUCAGAGGUGUGAGGUCAAAGUCUGUCAUUGAACAGGUGUCGUGGGACAGCUGACUUCCCGCUGUGGGUGGGGGGUGAGCCCCCCCUGUCAUGUGUGACAGCCUGAAGGAGGGCCUGACGGUGCAGGAGCGCAUGAAGCUGUUUGAAGCUAAAGACUCCAAGAGGAUCUGAAGCCCGCUGCCCUCAGCCUCUUUGCUGCUCUUCUGGGGACUAACAGAGCUUCUCUCCUCAUUUUAUUUCUUCUGUCUGUUUGGCAUGACUGGCGUGGGGGUGUCCGGCCGGAGCCAACCUGCCCCCUCCCUAUGUGCAUGCCGGUGCUGCUCCGCUGCCGCUGAUAUCACUUUCAGGGUCUUGUCUAGGCUAUAGAACUUUAUUUUCACUCCAGUUCUAAGGUUUAAUGUGCUUUUUUCAGUGUUUUAUUGAGGAUAUUAAAGAUAACAGUGGUUUUGGUGAUCCAGAUCUGUAUUUUCCCUUAGUACCAGAUGCCAAAAUACACUUGUCAGAUGAUGUCUGGAAUGAGCUAAGAUUGCGGUCUCUGUUGCUAUUUUUAUAUAUAAUAUAUAUUUAUUAUAUUUAUACCACCGUAUUUUCGAAUCAGAGUGGGUAUGUGGAACCUAGUGGGUAUGUGUUUGUGUGGGAGAAAUGAAGAGUCGUGUGCAGAGUUUUAUACAAGUUACAUACAGAUCUGUGUGUUUGACGUUCCUGCUGCAGGCUGUGCUUUUGUGGGCCGAAAGAGGAAACAAGCUUCACGAUUAGAUACGUUACGUCUUUCUGUGCUGUGGCGACAAAAAUCAUGUGACCUGGUUUUUCUGUCCUGACUACUACAUAUACAUAUUAAAAUUAUAAUUGUGUAUUUUACCAAUAUUUUACAGGUUUAAACUAGCAGUGCCGUGGUGGGUAAACAUAAUGUCUUGUGGUUAAGUCUUGUAGCUUUGAUGUAUGAGUUCAAAUGGAAAAGUUUACCAUUUCUAAAUCUUUGGGUUAUUUGUUUUUGCUAAUGUGCAUCUUUAAAUUCCAUUGAGACUUUGGCCUAGUGAGAUGGAGUUUCUUCCUCUCUCUGCCCUGUGUUGUGUUGACGGCUGCUUGCUCCAGCCUCCGGUCACGCUGCAGAAGCAGCCAGGAUUGUGGAUGAAUCUUGCACAGGGAAUGGUACUUUCACAGUAUGGGAUCAUCCUCCUUCAUCCCAUUGCCUCACUUGUGUCUGUUGUCUCUCGACUGUUUUGGUUUGAUAAUAUUUUUGCCUGAACUGCCAUUUUCUUUCUUUCCCAAUCCUGAUGUUUGGUAUAAUUCUCAUCCUUGAAAAUGCUGUGAAACCUUUCAACCAUUGUACAUUUAAGAGAAAUGCUCACAGCGCUGAGAAUCAUUAGUAGCUGUGUUUCUGUACAUUUUUAACAUGUAUAACAAUCACCAAGGUGUUGUGCAUGUUUGUAAAAGUUUCACCUGCAGUCUUCAGUGUUUGUCAACAAAUAAGCCAAAAAAUCCCGUUACACCACUACCUGUUCAUUUAAUUCCUAACAUUUCUCCUUAGAAAUCCUGUGAUUAUAAUAAGGCCUUUCAUCAAAAUUAAUUGUGGGUAGCCUGUUAAAAGAAAGCUGUAAGUAAGGGGCGAUUUGUGGUGUUUCAUUGCUUAAUUUACACUGGUAAUAUUUACAGUUGUUAGACUUUUAACAACAUGGUGUUUGGACACUCCGGGGAUGUGAGCAGAUGUGUCUAUACAGCUUCUCUUGCCGAACUGCAGGCAGUAGAUCACAAAAGGUGGCUCUAGUUCACAGGAACACAACCAACCAGAGUUCACCAUACCGUACUUUUGGCUUCCAUCAAAGGGCUUCGAAGGUUUGCUCUAAAUGGCUCGGCUGGGUUUCCUGUGAUUGUUUUUAAAGUGGGCUUUCGCCAUGACCGUGUACUAACCUGUAAAGUCUUCUGUACGUUUUUUGGGAUUAGUAUCGAUUUUAAAUAAACAUGAAGCUUAGUCUUAUCAGUAUCCCAUUUGCUGUCGGCGUAAGUAUGCAAUGUCAUGAUGCUUGAUGAGGCUUUUAAAGCACCUUGCCCAGUCCUUACUUCCCCCCCCCCCCCCCCAAAUCACUUGACUACCCUGCUUUGUUGCUAGAGAUGUGUAGUCUUGCUAAUUUAACAGAAAAACAUACAGGAGUAAAACCGCUAUCGAAAUAUAAUGUAUAGUAUUCAAGGCACGCCUUGUAAAUAUUUGGUACACAGAGUUUAGUUUUUGUGAUUUUAUGUGUUUUAAAUCUGUAUCCUGCUUACUACCACUAUAUAUAAAGCAUAUAAAUAUAUAUAAAUAUUUUUUAUUUUGGUUUGAAUGUAAAUCAUAUUGUCAAAUAAAUGGAGUGUUUCUGAA